UCUUUUGGGCGCUUCACUAUUCGGAAAUUUCGCAAGAACGUCUGCGCUAUGAAGCGGCUAGCAGCUCGAGACUUUGAGGAUAUAUUGCAGUGCGCUUUACCUGUUUUCGAGUCUGUUCCAUGGCCAGAACGAAGACACAGACAGGUUAUCCUAGACAUGCUCUUUGAACUCGCUAACUGGCAUGCUCUAGCCAAGUUACGAGUUCAUACUGACGAUACGCUCCAUUUCCUUGAAGCUGCCACGGUCAGUCUCGGUAAUACGCUGCGAAAAUUCCGGGCCGACGUCUGCCCACACUACGACACCCGUGAACUCCCACUCGAGACUGCUGCUCGUGGUCGACGAGCAGUCACUCGUCUGGUUACCCAAGCAGCCUCCUCCGGUGGUCAGACUUCCAGUGCCAAUGUUCCAUCGAAAAGUCUUCGCAAGGAGCUCAAUCUAGUGAUAUACAAGUUUCAUUCUCUCGGCGACUACGUCAAGACGAUCAAGGAGCAUGGAACUACCGAUAAUUUUACAUCUCAAGGAGUGAGUGGCGCUUUAUUCUCAUUCUAG